AUGGUGGAAAAGCGGGCAUCUAACAGGCACGAGGACGAACCGAAGAAGAAAGUGAAGUACACAGACGCGUGUGCAUGUGGUAUAAGAAACUGUAUCAAGCCAGGUGACGGGAUUAUAUCAUUACCUAAAGCACUAAAACCACAUAUAGAACAGCAUAUCAAAAAGGCAGACGUCGAUGUUAGAUGCUGGCAAAACCCUACGGCUACACCAGAAAUAGUACAGGCUUUGCUUGACAAGCGUGGCGGGAAAGGGCAGAAGAAUCAUGCGCCCGCUAAUGCCAAGCAUUUCAAGCGAAGUGAGAUUACGUUUAAAGGUGACUACAAAAUAUUUGCAAACCCAGGUGCAAUACCGUUUAAAGAGUUUCAAUGGGACAAAGACUACCAGCUUGAAUGUGUGACUAAGUUGACCACGAUAACUGGUGGUGUUAUCAAGUGUAUAUGUACAUUGGGUGAGGACGAAUGUGGAGAGAAUAUAAAGUUUCAUAGUGGGCAUGAGUUGCCGCGAAACAAGAAGAGAGCGAAUAUGUUUGUCAGAAAAGUUGUGUUGGAUGCUAAACUUAUUAAGCAGUACAACAAACAAAUAAAUGAUGCGACUAGUGGUUGCAACUUGUUUAUUCACAGGCGACAUUUUACUAGUGAUCAUUACGCCGAUACGGGCAAGAGCGUCAUACUUAAAAGCGAUGCCGUACCAUCGUUCCAUGUGAACUUAGAUGUGAUUUCACAAACUCGAGCAUGCCCAGAAGAGAAGAAGGCGAUAGGGAGUCUAGUAUGUGUACAAUAUAACAUUGCUACUAGCAGUGGAAAGUCAAAGAUGAAGAAUGACAUUAUGACCACUUCCAAAGCUAGUGACAUCUUAACACCGCUAUUACAUGAACAGAGAAACCGUAUACGUGCAUAG